AUGGGUAACUCACUGCAACCUCAUGGACAUGGGGAGGCCAAUAAGGCCAUUGACCUUCAAGCACAGGUUACAGAGCCAACAUGUGACAUUUGCUUCGAGCCCUUUUCUCUAGACAAGCGUUUCAACAACCACAACCACUGUGUGCACCCCUUUUGCUUGGACUGCAUAGCCAGAUACAUAGAAAUUAAGGUAGAGGAGAACAUAGGGAACAUUCCAUGUCCUGCCUUGAACUGCAAGCAACUGUUAGACCCUGUGUUUUGCAGGUCAAUCAUCUCCAAGCAAUUGUUUGAUAAAUGGUUGGAUGCUCUUUGCAAUUCAGCAAUUUUAGAGGUUCAAGACCGAUCAUAUUGCCCUUAUCAAGCAUGCUCAGUUUUGGUUAUCAAUGAGUGCAAAGCCAAGUAUGUGAAGAAAGUCCAAUGCCCCAAUUGCAAGCAAUACUUCUGCUUCAAGUGUCAGAUUCCUUGGCAUGCAGGGUAUAGGUGCAAGGAGAGUGGACAGCUCAGGGAUAAGAAUGAUGUUGAGUUUGGACAACUCAUGGAGAGAAAAAGAUGGUUUAGAUGCUAUAAAUGUGGUCAAUGUGUUGAGCGUGUUGGAGGUUGCAAAAUUGUUCAUUGCAGAUGCGGUGCCUUCUCUUGCCACGCAUGUGAAGAACCAGCUCACUUGGGUGCUUGCCACAACCAGAACAUCUACUUUCCUUAUGAGAAGAAACGAUCAAGCUCAAACUUGUUGCAAUGA